CAUCCUGUACUGUCACCCAGACGGUUUGCAACGUCGAAAUACAUCGGCUUCACCGGCGACUGUGGAAUUGACAAUAGGUGCAAAUGGCGUUCUUGAUCUUUCUCUUCGUCAUCGCAUCCCUGGGCGGCAAUUUCGCACAAUCGCUCACCGCUGUGAGCAGCAUUAACUACCAGCCAACCAUCACCGGAGGGCCAGGUACUGUUGUCGCGACGAGGUACUCGUACGCGUACACCGUAACGACGCCCACCACAAUGUGGACUCCGCCUGCCUUCACCCAAACCAUCCCAGUACCCCAUUGCAGCAACACGCUCUGCAACAUAACGGACCACCAGCACUGCAUUGACAAUGACAGCGUCCGCUAUGGCAUCCUCUGCAACAUUCGCUUCUCGGGUACAGAGAUUACGAACAGUGGCAGACGGUUAGUUCGCGAGCGUGAGAGGCGACAAGACGUGGACGAAAGCAACUUGAUGGAAGACAGUAGCCUGGAGGAGCGAGAGUAUACUGGGAGUUUCAAUGCGUGCUCGGAUUUCUGUAACGAUUAUGGAACGGCUUGCCAGGGUCUGAUGUUUCGAAAUGGUUAUUGUACGGUGUUUGACAGCAUUACUGGGACGUUUAGUGAGGGUGGUAGCGUUGCUGCGUUGAGGCAGGUCUAGUGACGGGAGUGUCUCAAUCUUAUUCAGACUU